CUUUCUGAAAUUCUUUACUAGGUCAUUACCAUGCUCGCAGAGCCACGAAGGGCGUCGCCGGAAAAUGCAUCAUCCACACUCGCAACUCUGCCGUCUCAUUCACCACUCUCUGCGUCCCUUCGCCGUCAGUUGGACUAUUCUUAUUUGCAGGAUGAAUCAGCCGUUUUCUUAUCCAAAGAUAUUGAGAAACGCCUCUUAAUAGCUCUCUCUCAGGUCUUUAGAGAAAUUCAGCUUUGGAUACAUGAGUUUGAUUGCGAUUCCGAUACUAACUUUAGCUUGGAACUGGACAUGAUGGUGGAAGUACCUGCUCGCAGCAGCAAAUGUUCGGCUGACUCAAAGCCACUUCUUGGCGAUCACGACUGCUUAACUGGAAUUAUUGGUGACUUGGUACUUUUAUUAUCAAUUGAAAAAUAUGUUCAACAUUUAGCAGGCAACAUUCUCGUGGUUAUCUCUGAUUACAUAAUUUUGUCUGGGAGCAAUUGGGAUGAUUUUAUGCAGUCAUUUUGUGUUUGCUUGGAGUUGGUGAUUUCUAAUGCUCUUCUUCAUUCUUUGGAACAACAAACUAAAAAUGGCGUGGUUCUGAAUUGUGUUAUUGCCAUAGCCUUGAAACAGAAAAUGAAAAAUGCAAAUUGGUCUUCAGUGGCUUGUGUCGUUCAAGUUUUGCGUAAUAUAUUGAAACAUUUGAAGCGGGAUUUUGAUAAUCAACUUCUUGAAGUAUACUUAGAUUCAGUUGGUUCCUGUCUUUCAAAUGUACCUUGGAAUUCAAUAAAUGACCUUCAUAUCAGUCAGAAUGGUGAGGCUUUAAAAGUUUUGAGUGGGGAUGCUUUAUACACUAAAGCAACACAACUAGAUGCAAGAGUGGUGUUUUAUGGUACUCUUGUUCAGUUUUUCUGUUCCUUGGUUAAUCAAAGUGGCCGGGUGGAAACUGCUGGUGGAUCUUUCAAUAAGCACCCAGUUCUUCAUGAAAUCAACAAUCUUAUCCCUAGACUUUUAGCCUGGUGCCUCAGCAUUGUGGAUCAAAAAAAUGCAUCCUUGUCUGAGUACUUCAGACACAAGAUACUGAUGCUAAUGAUCAGGCUUAGUUCCCAAAACCGUUUGAAGUGUUCUCUUCUUUCCUCAUGGUUGCAACUUAUCCACAAGUACUUUGAAGAUCUUUUGCUUCUACCAGUGACUCCAACAGAGUUUCAGCAGGACAGUCUAGAAGGCUCUCCCUUUUUAGUGGGUACUACUUUUGCCAGAACGCAUAAUAUGUCUUCUACCCAUUUACAAAGAAGAAAGGAAGGGUUAUCCGAGCUUUAUGGGUGGCUCCGACAGCAUCUACCAGCUGAAACAUUUGUGGGCUAUGAAUUCUAUUAUGAAAGAUGCAUUGGCUUUUCCAUAUCCUUCCUUAGGCUAUUUAUCCACGAGGAUGAUAUCCUGUUUGAAGUGCUCUUGCAACUGUUUUAUGUGCCUUUUCAUGCCAAUCUAAAGGUCUGCCAAGAUAGGUGCGCCUUUCAUGAAAUGAAGGAUGAUAUUCUUUUUCACAUUUCAAACCUUUUCAACCCCUUGCACUUAUUUCAUCUAUUUCUUGCAGAGUUACACUAUGAUCAUCAAGUGCUUCUUGAUUAUCUAAUUUCAAAAGACACAGGAGCUAGUUCUGCUGAAUAUCUUUUGAGGUCUUUGCGGGUUGUAUGUGAUUCAUUAGAUGAAUUUUUGGAGUUCAAGGUGGAAGGGAAAUUUGCAAAUGUGAGCAAUAUAUAUAAGCUAUCUAGGAAGAAAAGAAGAGUUCUUGUGGAUGGUCCAGAUUUCCAGGGACAUGUAACCUCUUCAACAGUAAAGAGCACUGUUACUCCCCGGUCACAUGGAGACCAGUGUCAAAAAGGCCUUAUGCAUGCAAGAAAGCGUUGUAAAACUAAUAGGCUACCAUUUGAGUGUGCCAAGAAUUGCUUGCUUUCACUGAAAAACUCCUUGCAAAAUCUCCACGAGAAGAAUUUGUUCCCAUAUAAUCCAGAAGUGCUCCUGCGACGUUUAAAGAGAUUUGAGGAACUUUGUAUCAAGCAGUUGUCUUAAGCAGUAGAUUAACUUUCAUAAAAUGAAUGAAUUAUUCCUUGAGGUCUGUCAUCAGACCACCAUCAAAUUUUUUUCCUUGGUAGCUCGUCCAGGUUCAUGUUCUGACACCUGAACAAAAAGCUUUCCUCAGGAACUGGAAUUCAUUUGGAAAUGCUCUUCCCUAGACUUAUAACAGGUAUGUUACAGAUUCUGAUGGCUUCUUAAGUGCUAACCAAUCUCUAAUUGUAGCCUGAAAUGUUACAAAUCAAGUAAAACAAUUGCUGUUGCAACAGAGACAAUGAAGUUUGUCCAUGGCUUGGAUGCUUAUACGAAAUGUUUUGUACGAGUUUAAUUCAGUUGACGUGUUUUCAUAUUUAACAAGUAUCAAUUAAUAAAUGUUGAUUGAUUUAAUUGAUUCAUUGGCUUCGUGUGUAACCAUUUUGGACGUUUUGUUUUCAUCUAGGGAAGAAUGCUAAUGCAUAUUCUCACCUGUAAUUCAUCUGCCCGCAAAAGAAAAGUUUACUUGGAAAUUUGAGUGAUUACCCAGAUUGAAAUUUAGACUUCUGAGGCCUUAACGGGAUUUCUCCAAGUGCCCAAGUCAUGGUAAACUAGGCAUGCGGAACAGUCCUGUAAUGGGAAUAGAUGAUGAUGAGGGGCACUUCCUGCGGAGAUUGCAGUUACUCGGUGAUCGUCAGGUUGCAAAACUAUAGAUUUGGACUGGACUUUACCAUCUUUGCCACUCACUUCUACCAGCUCGACUUCAUUUGUGCACACUUCUUUGAGGUGUUGGGUUUCUUGGGCGGCUAUGCCAUCAAUUUGAGUCGUUACUAGAAGGAGAGUAAUUCCUGGUGGCUGGAGCCUGGAGGUAUUGAAGAAGACGGCAAAAAUCACCUGACAGUAAUUUAGCCUCCUGACGGAACACAGAGUCUCAGCUAGACAGUAAGAGAGAGCAAGAGGACAAGGGCAAAGGGCCAAGAGCUCCUAGCAGGAGCCUAUUAGGCCUGUACAAGACUGAGUCUGAACAAACUCUGGAAACGAGUUUGGUUGGAUGACCUUCGACACUGUGUUGGUAGGGCAUAUGCAUCCAAUCUCUAUUAGUUGAGGCAGAUGUGCCUUGACGGAUACUUGGUCUUGAUCAGUUCCAAUCCAGUGGCUCUCUACUUGGGACUUGUUAUUGAAUUUGAGGUGGAGCUGUCCUUGGAGAUAAACCUGGGACCUGAGCAGGACCAAGGAUUUAAAGCAGGAGAUUCUUCUGCCCUUUUGGGACUAUGUUAGUUGUUAGAGCCACUGGUUGAUGGCUUGAGUCUCAAGUAGAGAGCGACUGCUAGACUAGGUUCCUACGUGUCCUAUCAGGAGCCGAUUUUGUCAGUAGGAAAUUGCCACGCGUGGGCCAAAAAACAAAUCUUUCUGACUUCCAAAUAAAAUCAUCGAGUGUGACCCUUUUGAUCUCACUAAACUUUCCCUUUUCUAUAUGUAUUAAUUUCUUGGGGUGAGGCUAAAUAAGAAUCAUUUUUAAAUUGUUCCAAAUGAAACUGACGCAUUUCAUUUUAAA